UAUCAAAGUGUUACAACUAAAUAUUGUCACAAUUACUCGCUCGUCGGAGAGCACAACCGACCUUCGCGCCAGAGUGCUUGCAACUGUCUGGGAAUAAGUAAAGAAUGUGAUUACUUUGGACUUAAAUAUCAAAAUGCUAAAGGCGAAGAGCUCUGGUUGAAUCUACGUAAUCCUAUUGAGAGACAAACUGGAGGAGUUGCACCGUUGCGGUUUGCAUUGAGAGUUAAGUUCUGGGUCCCGCCUCACUUAUUGUUACAAGAAGCAACCAGACAUCAAUUCUACUUGCACUCGCGUCUGGAACUGUUGGAAGGCAGACUUAAAGUUACAGACUGGGCAUCAGUUGCAAGACUGGUGGCAUUGUUGGCGCAAGCUGAAGCUGGGGAUUACGAUCCAUUGUCUCCACCGCAUGGGCUUUAUUCUCAAUGCUGUCAAAUUCAGCCCAGCGGUCCUUGCGAACCGAAACCCCACGAUUUUCUUCAUCGAAUAAUUCAGCAGCACAAAGAAAUAAAAGGAAUGAAAGCUUCAACAGCUGAGUACUGGCUGCUAAAAGAAGUAUCUAAUUUGGACACAUUUGGCCAGGAAAUGUUUCACAGUAAAUUUGGCUCAAACGCAGUCUCGAUGAUCGGCGUUGGACCGCACGGAAUUACCGUUUACCGGGGAGAGAAUGAUGAAAAACAAAAUAUACCUUACACGGCCAUACAGAGUGCGACAUCCCAGCGACGGAUGUUUCACCUGAUCUACCUGUCUCUUGACGGUGAAGAAACGUCAUUGGACUUUAAAUUGGACUCUAGUCAAUCAGCGAGUGGAUUGUACCGGGCUAUUACGGAAAAGCAUGCCUUUUACAGCUGUGAAACCGUCAGGAGCGCCGUCACUGCUCAGUUUAUACGUGAUCUCAAGGGAACUAUUAUUUCCAUUUUCAACGAGGACUCGACUCUGGGUAAAAAAUAUGUCUUCGAUAUCCGCAGAACUUGCCGGGAGGUGUAUGAUAAUGCACGAAGAGCGCUUUACUGUGAGGCUGUGAAUAUUGGGUUGCCAGAAGAAAGUCAACUUUUAGAUAAGCAUGACUGUGGAGAUUGUGAAAAUUCAAAGUGCAAGGAGUCCCGAGAAUGUCUUUCACGACUAUUGGACGCAAUGCUCUGCCGAAUUUGCAUGGAUCGGAGCCUGGACACGGCAUUGUUUCCAUGCGGACACGCUGUUGCCUGUGUUGAAUGUGCACGCCGUUGUGAACGGUGUCCCCUUUGUCGUGCCGAUAUCGAUCACUGUAGAACGAUUUAUCUUCCGAUAGAAUUGGCUCACGUGGAUACCACCAAACACAAUAUAAAUAAUAAUCACAACAAUAACGAAAACAACAGCCUCAAGCUAUUGCCGAUGGACAGCGGCGAGUCGACGCUCAGCAUUAGUCAAUCAGAAGAUGUUAUCAACCAGGCCAAUCCGAGGAAUGAUACUGAUAUUGGCAAUCACGUCAUUUGAGAUAGACCUAAUAGAUUUAGAUCCGUACUGUUGACCAGAAUUUUACGGAUUUUCACCUGCGGUGUCGAGCGCACUCAUCAAGUUGGAUAAAAACACCACCAACUUAAAUAAUUAAUAAUUAGUUACUAAUACUAACAAUUAUUAUUAUUACUAUUAUUAAAUAAUCAUUUAUCAUCAUAGUCAUAUGCUUUUAUCAUGUAACAAUAUCUACGUAUAUUUAUGUGAUGUGAUCUUUUUUAUAUUUCGAUUCAUACCAAUUUAACAUUUAAAUAUAUUUUAGGGUAAUAUUAUUAUUAUUAAUAUUUGACAAUCUAUAUAUAAUUUUAUUUAUAUAUUAUAAUUAUAAUUAUAAUUAUUGAUAAUAUGAUUAGAUCAUUUUUCUUAUAUUUAAGAACUUGUUGACUAUUGAUACACUUUUUUAGUUUAAAAUUGAUUAAAUGAAUUAUGUGUGCACUUUUUUACGCUGUGAUUAUAGUUUGGUGUUGAAAUAGAGAUUAUAUUGUGUAACAAAAAAUAUUGGAGGAAAAAUAUAUAAUUAAAAGUGCUAAAAUAUGUAGAAUUGGCGUCUGACGUUACGAUAUUGUUAGAAAUUUAAACAUAAACGGACCAAUAUUUUUUUUCUCGCUUUCAUUAUCAAUUAUUUAUUAAUAUUAUUGUUAUUAUUAUUAUUAUUAUUAUUAUUAUCAUUAUUAUUAUUAUUAUUAUUAUAUAAUGGUACAUUAACAAACAAGAGAAAGAAAAUGAAAAAAAAAAAAAAAUUUCUCGUCAGCUUCAUUUAUAUUCACUAUUUUUUUCUUAGUAGUGACUUUAAUUAAAUUCAUGACUGAAAAUUACGAAAAAUGUUUGGUCGUUCUUUUUAAAAUAUGGUGAAUAAAUUGUAGCCUUUCUUACUUACCAUGAUACGUGUAUAUUUGAAUGUAUAUAAACAAGUUGGGUAAAAUUAAAUGUCGACGAAAAGUAUAAAUCUACUUUUAAUUCUAACGAAUAAAACGAAACUAAAUAAUAAAAAUAAUAAUAAUAACAAUAACUCAUCAAGUAGCGUAAACGUCUGAGCAUUUUUUGUCUGCGGGCAGUAAAUGAUAACAGUGGAGACUGAAAGAAUGUAAAAAAAAAAAAAAAAAAAAAAAAUAACAAUACAAAAAUGGAACGAAUGAUUUUAUUCAAAUAUACAGCGAGCCCAGGAAUAAUAAUAAAGAUAAAAUCUUAAUUUUAAAUUGUUUAUUGAUUAACUUUAAAAUAGCAUUAAUUAAAUAAGCUAAAAACUUGUAAGAAGUAUGGCGAUCGUUAUAGUCAUCCAUCAAUGCAAUCAAUAUUUAAUUUUAAUUAUUAUUAUUAUUACCGCAACUACAAUAAGAAUUAUAUAUAUUUUAUUUGCACAAAAAAAAAAUAAUCUAUUGACUAGCUCUGCUAUUUUAUCUUUUAUAAUUUUUAUCACGACUCAUCAAUAUCAUUAAUAAAUGUUUAUUGAUAUGAUUAAUAUACAUGUAUCGAUAAUAUUAAUGUUGAUAUAAAUUAAUUAACUAUUUCUUGUGAUUAUCUAGACAUAUGGAAUGAAUAUAAGUAUCGUUUAGUGUGUAGAGCCACCAAAUGGCAAAAAAAAAAAACAAUUAUAUAUAAAUAUAAUACACACUUAAGAAAAAGAGAUUACCAAAAUCGUAUCUCGUAUAUACAUAGUAUAUUAAUAUUAAUAAUAAUAAUUCAGAUUGUCGUUUGCAAAGAGUAUUUUUAAAGUAUUUUCAAUUAUUUUUAGUAUUACGCCAACUGUGGUGUUAAAUACAAGCGAGUCAAAGAAUAAAUUUUCUCAUAAAAAAAUAUACAAAAUGCAUAAUAAAUAAAUAAAUAAAUAAACAAAUAUAUCAU